ACGGCAAAGCAUUGUGUACGUGUUCGUUCUUUCUACUGGGCUUUGGCCGUGGUUACCCUGUCCGGUGCCUUGGUGAAGAUGCACGAGAAUGCGCAAUUGUAUAUUACGAUCACUAGUGGGCUUUCUUGGAUGUUCGGUGUUUCUGAGAGUAGCGGCAAACCCGAGAUCGUCUUUCGUUGGGAUUUCAAAUAGUGACGUGGCCUAUACAAUUUUGCGCAACAUCUGGGUACUUAACUGUCAUCCACACUAGUCUUGUUGCAUUCAUCAUCAUGCCAUGUGUGAUGGCUGCGUUUUACGAGGCAGUCGCUGACAGAAUUGAGCGAGAGCCCUGUUCGCGAAGAUGGCUCGCCCUCCAAAGCGCCGUGCUGCAGGCGUCAGUCAAGAUGCAAGAGACCGUGUUUCCGGUGCUGCCUGGUCUUCUUGUCAUGGUCUUCGUGAUGCCCAUGUGUUGCACCUUGGAGAUUAUGGGGAGGGGGCUGAGUGCCUCUCCGUUCGCCUUACUGACGGCACCGCACAUCUUCGCCAUGUUCAUCCCACUGUGCUUCGCUGGAGACAUGCUGGCCGAGUCGUGUGAGGCGGUAGGGGACGCUGCGUACAACGGAGCGUGGGAUGAGGAAACGCCGUCGCAACGCCGGGUUCGCAUCAGCGUGAUGCAGGCAUCGCGUGUCAAAGCCGGCAUCAGAGGCAUCGGGAUCGGCCACUUGGACCGGCCGGCCUGCCGCAACGCGCUCAAAUCGUGGUACUCCUUCGUGCAGUUCUUCGCCCGCCUCGGAGACCUUCAAGAGGCUCAAAAGGACUAGCCUGCGUCA